AUCACUCCUCCUUCCUCCUCCCCCCACACCACACUGCUCCUCCUGCGUCCCAUGAUUGCAGCCGCUCCAUUUCUCUGUCCAGGAGUGAGAGCCUCUCUCUCUCUGUCCCUCCCCUUCCCCAGGACCCCCUCUCCCGCGAGAUGGUGGUGCGGUGUUAAUGUGGUGGUGAGAAUGAUGGCGGCUUAGGGCGAGCUAGUGUGGGGGGUGAGGAAGGAAGGAGCAGCCGGAGCUGGAUCUCUCUGUCUCGGGGUUGCAGCUGACUGGCCAAGAUCCUCCCCUCCUCUGCGCUGUCCUCCAUGGUAGUAGGUUGGUGCUAGGCUUUUGAACAGAUUCAACUCUAGUUACUUGGGUCUACUGCAUUAGCUUUGAAGCUACAGAAGUUUUCUUAAGAGGCCAGGGAGUGCUGUUCUCUCUUAGCUGGCCUCAAUGGCGAUGUCGCCAUCCAAUCCAAUGCGCAAGUACUCAUGGUGGUGGGAUAGUCACAUAUCCCCCAAGAACUCGAAAUGGCUCCAGGAGAAUCUCACUGAUAUGGAUAGCAAAAUCAAAGUGAUGAUCAAGAUUAUCGAUGAGGAUGCUGACUCAUUUGCCAGAAGAGCGGAAAUGUAUUACAAAAGGCGCCCAGAGCUGAUGUCUUUGCUUGAGGAGUUGUACCGUGCUUAUCGAGCUUUAGCUGAAAGAUAUGAUCAUGCAGCUGGAGAACUCCGACAGGCCCAUAAAAAAAUGGCAGAAGCAUUUCCCGAUGAGUUUCAGUUGGACUUUGAUGAUGACCUGCCUACAGAAACUGCAUCUACUGAAACUGAAACCGACAAUCGUGAUAUGACUCCAUUUUUCCUUUCAUUCAUCAAGGCUGGUGGUGAUUCAAAAAAACGUACUAAAGAUGACCAGGACCAUGAGAAGCUGCAGAAAGAGAUAUCAAGUUUGUCACAGGAAAAUCAAGAACUGAAGAAGAAAAUUUCAUCAGUGUUAGAAAAGAGCAAUAUGGCUGAAUCUGAAGUUCUUUCUCUCAAGGAGGCCCUUGCAGAACAAGAAGCAGAGAAGGAAGCUGCAUUUUCACAAUGCCAGCAAUCCAGUGAUCGAUUACAGAGCCUCAAGUCUGAAAUAUUGCAUACCCAGGAGGAGUUCAAUAGACUGAAAGAGGAGAUGCAAAAUGGGCUACAGAAUUUGAGCACUGCAGAGGAGCGGUGCCUUCUGCUUGAGAGGGCUAACCAAAAUUUGCUUCUGGAGCUAGAUAAGCUGAAGCUUGCCUCAAAAGAGAAGCAUGACGAGCUAAAUGAGAAGCACAUUGAGUUGGAGAAGCUUAGCAUCUCUAUACAAGAAGAGCAACUCAAGAGCAUGCAAGCAGAAAUGGCCCGGCUAUCUGUGGAGAAGCAAUUGGCACAAGCACAGGAGAAGCUAAGACUUAUGUCUCUUGAAAAGCAUGGGGAAGCAAGUAAGAUUGAGAAUAUUGAAGCAACCAGAGUUCAACUUCAAAAGGAAUUGGAAAGUAUUCGAGAAGAGAACCGGAAAUUGGAUGAUCAAAACCAUUCCUCUACCUCUGUGAUAAUUCGUCUUCAAGAUGAGAUAAUUUCUUUGAAGAAUGCACAGCGGUGUCUUGAAGAAGAGGUGUCUCGGCACAUGGAGGAGAAAAAGGUGCUUCAGCAUGAGCUUUCGCACCUCAAAGAUAACAAGGGUGACUUGGACAGGAAGCACUUUUCGAUCAAGGAGCAAAUACAAGAGGUGAAUUUCAAUGUAGAAUCACUCCAAUCACUUGCUCAAGAGGUGAGGGACGGAAAUGUUGAGCUAAAAGAGACCAUAAAAAAUCAUGAGGGUGUAAAAGCCUUGUACGUUGAUAAUCUGAUGCUGCUGGAGAGGACGCUGGAGAAAAAUGCUCAUUUGGAGAGAUCACUUUCAGCUGCAACUACUGAAAUUGAAGGCUUGCGGGAGAAGAAGGCUGCAUUGGAAGAAUCAUGCAAACACCUUCAUUCCAAGGUUAAUGGCCAUCAGUCUGAGAGAGCCAUGUUUGUUGCACGGAUUGAGGGAAUUUCUCAUACCAUGGAGAAGAUAUCAGAGAAGAAUGUCUUCUUGGAAAAUUUGUUAUCUGAUAACAAUACUGAGCUGGAGUUGCUUAGAAGGAAGCUGAAAGAUUCAGAGGAAUCUACUCACACAUUCCGCAACCAGAAUUCUGUACUUCGAUCUGAAAAGAGAACUCUGAUGCGUGAGGUGGAUAGCAUCAAUAGUGCUCUACUCAGUUUGGAAACCCAAUAUGCAGAGUUAGAAGGGCGAUAUUUGGAUCUUGAGCAAGACAAAGACAGGGCCCUCAAUGAAGUGAUUAGAUUACGAGAGCUGUUGAGACUAGAAAAAGAAAAACACAAAGAAGCCACCAACUCAGACAUGACUCAAUUCAGUGCUAUGCAGAAGCAGAUAGGUCUACUGCUAAAAGAGGUUCACCGCAGGGAGGACCAGCUUCAAGAGGAGGAGCACAAGAUUGUUGAAGCUCAGACUGAGAUUUUUAUCUUACAGAGGUGCUUAGGUGACAUGGCUGAAGCAAAUGUUGAUGCCUUGUCACGAUUGCAGAAGCAACAAGUGGUAUGCAAGGAUCAAGAGGAGAAAGUUGAUUUCUUGUCACAGAACAACCAGCAGCUGACUGAAGGGAUAGGUUCUGUAGUGGAAGUACUGAAUCUGGAUGAGAAAUACGGGUCAUUGGAUCUAAUGAAGGUUGAUGUUGUUGUGCAGCUCCUCUUGCAUGAGAUCAAGUGCCUGCUGAAUACUAUUUCUGAUGCCCAGGAUGUGAAGCAGAACCAGAUCCUUGAGAAGUCCCUUGUUGUCACGCUUCUUGAGCACUUUGGGCGCGAGGUGGCUGACCUGAGGUCAGAAAGGAGUGUUCUGAAGCAAGAGUGGCAAACAAAGAGUGAGGAGCUGCUGCAGCUGCAGAGUGAAAGGCAUGACCUCCUAAAGAUCAGCUGUGAGCUACGGAAGGAAAUGGAGGCUCGUAACCGCAAAGUGGAUGAACUGAAAUCUGAGGCAAAGUUCUUGGUUCGACAACUGUCGGAAUUGCAAGAGUCACGGCAAUCGUUGCAAGCAGAGAUUGUCAAGCUGAUUGAAGAGAACACUUCACUCUCUAGCAAAGUUUAUGGCUCCAGAGAGAAAGAGAAGUCAUUUGAUGAUGAUUUCAGCACACUUAUUGGUGAGGCGGUCAGGACAGAUAUCCUUGGUGUCAUUUUUAGAAGCCUUCAUGAAGAGAGGACAGCACAAUUGCAGUGUUUGCAUGAGGAUUUUGGGUCUCUACAUGCAGCAGGCAAUGAGCUUUAUCAGGAAAUCAAGCUGAUGAACAAGAAGCUCGGAGAUCUACAGCUUGAGAACAACUAUCUUGAGAAGGAACUCAGUAGAACUCUAAGCAUCUGUGACGGCUCUGGUACAGAAGUUUCCUCUGGAAGAAGGCGUGCUAUGAGGAGAGAUACAAAGCUAUUAAAAUCUGGAAGGAAAAGCCAAGAGAGUGUCCAGAACAUGGAACAGCGAAAAGAAGUUGACAAUGCUGGUCUCGAGAAAUCAAAUGAAAUGCUUAGAGAGGAGCUCCAGAAAUUGAAAAAUGAACUGCAAGUGCUUAGGAGCAAGGAACAGCCUGUGAUUGAUGUGAAAUCUUGUGACGCAGAGAUCACUAAACUGCUGGCCAACAUGCAACUGGCCACAGCCAAUGCAUCUCUCUUCAAGGAGAAGGUGCUUGAGCUCAUCGUGACAUGCGAGAGUUUUGAGAUCAGUGACAUGGUGCAGAAGGAGGUGCUGAAAGAGGAGAUCACCCGGAGAAACUCUUACGUGGAUGAGCUCAAGGACAAGCUUAAUGCCAUUGAGAUUGAGAACAGAAGGCUGAAGGUUGAUCUGAAUGGCGACUUCACACUGCUCGGAGCAUUGCAAACUGAAGUUGAUGCCCUAGAGAAACAAACCUUGUCUCUGGCCAAGGAUUGCCUGCCACCAAGCAUGCUCAAGGAGGAGAACCCAUUAUCACCUCAGCUGUCAAAGAUUGCUGUGAGGCCAAGCGAAGAUCAAAACACCACAAAGAUGGUGAAGGACAUGGAACUGCAGAAACUCCACGGAACCAUCAAGGCACUUCAGAAGGUGGUGUCAGAUACCGGGGUGGUCCUGGAGCAAGAGAGGCUCGACUUCAACAGCAACCUCCAGGACGCAAGGAAGCAGAUCGAGAUGCUGAAGCUGAAGGAGAUCCUGGACAGCGACGCCAGCGACGUGAACUACGAGCGGAUGAUGAAGGACAUCCAGCUGGACCUCGUCCAGACACCUAGCCGGCGAGCUGCCGUCUCACACGGGCGCCACAGGAAGAAGAACUCAGUGGCGGCGGCGGCGGCGCAGUCUGACGACAAGAUGCUCGCACUGUGGAGCGUGGACAGGGUGAGCAGCGGCAGCCGGCGGUACGAUGUGGACCUCCGACCGCCACAAAGCGAGGCAGCUGAGAACGACAAGGCAAAGAAGCGAUCGUCCUCCGAGCCAGUGGUGACCGUGAAGGACCUCAGCGUGGACAAGCAGGAGGUCCUGUCACGGCCCAUGGUGGUGGCAGCAGCUGCAACGGCCACGACGACGGAGCCACACAGGGAGUGGAAGAAGAAGGUGAUCGACCGGCUCUCCUCCGAGGCACAGCGGCUCCGUGACCUCCGGUCCAUCGUCCAGGAGCUGCGCGCCGGCGUGGAGGAGUCGUCGGACGCGGAGCUGGACAGCGUGAAGUCCCAGAUGGCCGACGCGGAGGACGCCAUCGCGGAGCUGAUCGACGCGAACACAAAGCUGCUGAAGAAGGCGGAGGAGUUCACGUCGGCGGGUGGCGACGGCGGCGGCGACGUGGACCUGCGCAGCCGGAGCCAGCGCAAGAUCCUGGAGCGCGUGCGCAAGAUGUCGGAGAAGGCCGGGCGCCUGGAGCUGGAGCUGCAGCGGUUCCAGCACGCGCUGCUGCGGCACGAGGAGGAGCGCGCGGCGCGGCGAGCGGCCAAGGCAGCGGUGGCCACCACCGUGCAGGUGCAGCGGCGGUCACGGGUGCAGCUGGUGGAGUACCUCUACGGCCGGCGGCGCGACAGCCGGCGGCCCAAGCAGAAGGCCCGCGGGCCCUCCUGCUGCAUGAGGGCCAAGGCCAUCGACGACUGACCGUGACGACUCUGCUCUCAGUUUAGUCACCCAAGCUGGUUAAGGUUAAUUAAUCUGGAGAAGAUGCAGUAACUUUGUUUUUGGUUAAAAUUCGUGUCGUCCUAGUAGGUAAAUAAUUGUUACUGAACUGAUCUAGUAUGUCGGGUUCUUUUUUUUUGUUACCUGAAGUAAAAGUAAGGUACUAAGGUCUAAGAUGUAAAUGGUAGUAGCCUAGUUGGCAGCCAUGACAGUGGCAACUGUUAUUCCCUCGUCCGUAAAUUUUUCGCAUGUAAAAUUUCAGACCGUAAUCUUCAGUCUCAUUGUUUUCCAGUUCUCA